AUGCAGUUUCUAAUUCCAAGUCUGCUAGAGCAACACUGCAGUCAUCAUCCCCAUAUCCAUAAUUGCAAACACAUUUUCCUGAUUGGCAGCUUCCAUUAUGAGAGCAUGAAUUUGGGCAAACUGGGGUCGCUAAUUAUUUAUUACUAUAAGAACUGACAUUUAAAUAAUAUUGGACACCAGAAUUACUAUAAUAAGUUACAGCUAUAUAUAACGUUUUGCUUGCAGACAAAUUCGGAGGUUUUAUAA